GACCGCUCGUGCUCACUUCGGGCUCGAACCCGACCACUCCUGGCACCUCGGCCACCGUCGAGGCGAAGGAACCCUAGCUCGCCUCCAUGGACAGCCACGGCAACGCCUCUGGCGGCAAGCGCAAGGGCAAGCGCGGCCGCAAGCCGAAGCCGCCGGUACCCGCACCCGCCUCACCCGACAACGACCACAACCACAACCACCACAAUCACCACGCCGCACCGUCCUCCUCGCCGCUCUCCACGGCCGCCGUGGCGGCGUCAGACUCCCCCCCGGACCCGGAGCCGGCGUCAUCCUCCCCGGCUCCGCGCCGCCGGGGCCGCAAGUCCCGCCGCAUCCGCAACGGGCCCCCGGCCUCCGAGGUCGACGCCGCCCACGGCGCCUCGCCCUCGCCUCCGCCGCGGGCGCGGGGCGGGCCCAAGGCGGCCGCGCCCAACGGCGAGAUGGUGGAGGUUCAGGUCCCCGCGGCGGCGGUGGAGCCCCUGCGCUGGGACCAGGUGGUGAAGGUGGUACCGUCGAUGGACGCCGUGGUGAAGGUGUUCUGCGUCCACACCGAGCCCAACUUCUCCCUGCCGUGGCAGCGGAAGCGGCAGUACAGCUCCAGCAGCAGCGGGUUUAUCAUUGGGGGACGCAGGGUGCUCACCAACGCCCACUCGGUUGAGCAUUACACACAGGUCAAGCUCAAGAAGCGUGGCUCCGACACCAAGUACCUUGCGACUGUCCUUGCCAUAGGCACCGAGUGUGACAUUGCAAUGUUGACUGUGGAGGAUGAUGAAUUCUGGAAAGGUGUUUCACCUGUAGAGUUUGGGUCGCUGCCAGCACUCCAGGAUGCCGUCACUGUUGUUGGUUACCCAAUUGGAGGCGAUACUAUCUCAGUGACUAGUGGUGUAGUUUCUAGGAUAGAAAUACUGUCAUAUGUUCAUGGUUCUACAGAGCUUCUUGGGUUACAGAUAGAUGCAGCUAUAAAUUCAGGGAACUCAGGGGGCCCUGCUUUCAAUGAUAAGGGAAAAUGUGUUGGUAUAGCUUUUCAAUCUCUGAAACAUGAAGAUGCAGAGAACAUAGGCUACGUUAUACCCACCCCAGUUAUUAACCACUUCAUUGAAGACUACCACAAAUCUGGAGAAUACACAGGUUUCCCUAUACUUGGAAUAGAAUGGCAAAAAAUGGAAAAUCCUGAUCUCCGCAAGGCAAUGGGAAUGAAAGCUAACCAAAAGGGUGUUCGGAUACGAAGGAUUGAGCCAACUGCUCCUGAAUCUGGAUGCCUCCAACCUUCUGAUAUCGUCCUUAGCUUUGAUGGUAUUGAUAUUGCCAAUGAUGGUACAGUUCCUUUUAGGCAUGGUGAGCGCAUUGGAUUCAGCUACCUUGUUUCUCAAAAGUAUACUGGUGAGAAGGCACGUGUGAAAGUACUUCGCAACUCAAAAAUCCAUGAAUUUAACAUAAAGCUGGCAACCCACAAAAGACUCAUUCCAGCUCAUAUCAAGGGAAGGCCACCGUCAUAUUACAUUGUUGCUGGCUUUGUUUUUAUGGUCGUGUCUGUUCCAUAUCUUCGAUCUGAGUAUGGAAAAGACUAUGAAUAUGAUGCCCCGGUCAAGUUGUUGGACAAGCAUUUGCAUGCAAUGGCGCAAUCAUCUGAUGAGCAGCUUGUGGUGGUGUCACAGGUGCUUGUGGCAGAUAUAAACAUUGGUUAUGAAGAUAUAGUCAACCUUCAGGUUCUUGCCUUCAAUGGCACACCGGUUAAAAACUUGAAGCACCUAGCGACCAUGGUGGAAGAGUGCAAUGAGGCAUUCCUGAAGUUUGAUAUGGACUACGAUCAGUUGGUUGUCCUGGAGACGAAAACUGCAAAGGCUGCAACUCAAGAUAUUCUGACAACACAUUGUAUACCUUCGGCUGUCUCAGAAGACCUGAAGAGCUGAGGAAAGCUAGGUGCUGGCUGUCGGCUGGUACAGCCAAAAGAUCCUACAAUCCUUCUGGGACCAGGACACUUGAUUUUAUUGAUGAAUACAUCUCCCGUUCCACGAGAAAUGCUGAAAGAGUUCCAUUGCAGGUGAGAUUCUGCAUGUCGAAGAGUGGAAGCUGGAAUGUAACUGGUUGCACCAAAAAAGCCUAGCAAGCAUCACAUACACUCAAAAGGCAUAUCGAUCAGACUGAAUGGCACACUGAGCCAUCCCGAGUCAUAGUAGGAUAGAUUAAAAAAAAAAGUUUUGCCUGUAUUCCAUUUAUCAAGUUGAUAGCAUGGAAAUCAUCAUGAGUAACUUUGCAUAUACCCAUUUGCCAUGGUUGGUCAGAUGAUACUUUCACUUUAGACGUGUGUGGUCCGGUUGUCAAGACCAUGCCUUUGUGUAUCAUCGUUUCUUUGUUGUGUGGAGUACUCAAAGUUCACCGAGGAAAAAAAAUCGUAUCUGGAUAGCUUUUGUCCCAGUUUUCUGUC